GACCCGCAGGCAGCGCUGUACUUCCUUGAGGAGGCCUCUACGUUGCGUCUGCUGCGCCACAAGCACGUGGUCGGUUUUGCGGGCGUGUGCGUGGAAGUCAGCAGCGGCAUCAUUCUCAUGGAGCAUGCCAGGCUGGCUGAACCAAAACCAAACUCUGCCGCUCACCCAUUGGCGCCUCUCCCUCUCUUGCCGUGGUGCAGGGGUUGGCGCGUGGCGCUGGAUGUUGCCCUUGCCCUCAAUUAUCUCCACGCGUCUUCUUACACUCACUUUGAUGUCAAGGCGUCCAAUGUGCUGCUGUCGCGCGAUGUCACCGCUAAGCUGGCAGAUGUCGGCUUUGCACGGGGGUUGAAGGGCGUGUGGAGCGAGUCACGCGCUGCCCACAGCGUUCCCCGGCUUGCCCUUAUGCCUGCGCAGAUGGCGCCCGAGCUGCUGACGGGGCGCAAGUGCAACUCCAGCGUCGACAUUUACUCGUUGGGCGUGCUGCUUUGGGAGCUGUGCACCGGCGAGUACCCCAGCCGCGGGUCCAUGCGCGAGCCGCGCGUCCCCCAGGAGUGCCCGCAGCAGGUGGCAGACCUGAUACAGGAAUGCCUGCAGGAGGAGGCGGCUGCACGCCCCACUGUGCGCCAGGUGGUGGAGCGCCUCACACAGCUGCAGUGA